GAUUUGCACUUGUUUGCGGGGGCCUCCUUUGGACAUGUCCCUCACCGUCGCGCAGCUACGCAAUUUAACUCUUGCUAAACUCGUCAAAAGAAUUGCAAACCGGCAGCAGCACUUGCUUGCAUUAAGAAUCUGCAGCUACACAGGGAACUCUAGCCGCGAUGUUUUGCUGCUGUGGGCUGUAGCAAAGAUAUCUUCGUCUGCUGCUUUAACUGAUGAAGAGUUAGCAGAAGCAGUUUGCUGCAGAUUGCAUGCAGCAGCAACGCUGCCUCCUGCUGUUGCUGCUGCUGCUGCUGCUGCUGCUCCUCUUCCUGCUCCUCCUGUUGUUUCUCCUGCAGCAGCAGCAGCAGCAGAAGAGAACGGCAGCAAUACGCAGCUGCAGCGCGGCCCUCUUAAAUGCAUGCAACGCAUGCAGCAGCAGCAGCAGCAGCACUUGCUGCUGCAGCAGCAGCUGCUGCAGCAACCACUACCAUUCGGAAUGCUUUCACUUUGUGCUGCUCAAGCAGGAAGACCCGUAUUAGCUACGAGGCUUGCUGCCUUUGAAGAAGAACCUAAGGCGCAAGUGACGUUGCUGCUGAAGCUGGCGAAGGUCUCACUGGCGACAAAGAAGGCAGCAGAAGCAGCAGAUCGGGAUUUGCUGCUGCUGUGCAUUGCUGCUGCUCUUGCUGCUGAUGCAGACAGUGUAGAUGGAAGGAUGGACAUGAGCCAGCUGGUGGAUGCUUUGAAGGAUAUACCCGCAGCACAAAAUGCAUUUGAUAUUUUCUGCAGACAAACCUCGCAGCUGCAACUCCUGGAGCAAUAUUAUGAACGUGUGGUAGCAGCAGAAGAGGCAGGGCUGUGCUGCUUGUCUCUUGCUGAAGCAGCAGCAGCAGCAGCAGAUGGUGCAGCAACAGCAGCAGCAGCAGCAGCAGAAUGGGAGCAGCAAAGAGGGUGGCUGGCGUAUGCUGCAGGGUUUUUUGCUGCAGCAAAAGAAACAGAGUUGUUUGCUGCUGUCGCACAUGCAGAGACAGUCGGGGCCCUUGAGCUGCUGGCGGUUCAGGGCUUGCGUAACAGGAUGGAGUUUUCAGAAGCAGAUCGCCUGAAGAAAUUAUUUAAGGUCAAUGACAGCCGCUACUGGCGCUGCAAGAUCGACGCGCUGGCGGAUGGGCUUCACUUUGACGAACUUCAAGCAUUUGCAAAGUUUCGCACAUCUCCAAUUGGCUAUGAGCCCUUCGUUGAGGCUUGUCUACGUAAAGGCAAUAAAGAGCUAGCUCUGCAACUGGCGUACAAAGUAAAAGACGCUGCAGCAAAGGCUCGAUUCUUAGCAGCAUUAGGCAGAGAAGAUGAAGCUGCUGCAGCUCUCCAGACACCGCAGCAGGGGGUUGGCGGUGGUUUCUUUCAAACAAUCUCCGGUGCUAUCUGGAGAAGAGGAGGCAUCCGUGAAUAA